UUUUAGUAUAGAACGUUGUUUUAGUAUAAGGCUUUUCAGACUGCUGCCUUUUAUUUGUACGAUUGUAUCCAAUUCCCGAAUGUGGUGAACUCUCCCGUUGCGCUCCUCACAAAAAUUUGUUACAUGACAUCCUCCCCCCCCCCUCUCGUCAGUGAAAAAGCGCUAUUUUUUCUGGAAAUUUUUAUUUGUCUAAUGCUAGUUCAAAAUGAUUAAAAAUCCAUAUUUAGCUUAAGUGUUAAACCGUGAACGCACCCUCCCGAAAAUUUUUUUCAUCAAGAUUCUAUAGGUGCUAGGCGUGAUUUUCUUUAAUAUGUGACUUAAUUAAAAUAUAUUUUAUUAAUUUCUUUUAAAUUUUUAAAAUUAUCUUAAAAAUGAAUGGCGGAGCACGUUUAUUCACUUUAUUCAUCCUUUUAGUUGUCAAUCUUUCCUUCUUUACUGAAGUUGAUUCUGCUAUUGGGCCUCCUUGGACCUGGCCUACCCAUCCUUAUCGACCGGGACGUUCAGUUCCAUCCCAAGAAGUGAGAGCUCGACGUCAUGCCACAGCGAUGGAUUUAAUCAUUGCACCGCCUGAAAAAAUACGUCUCGUAAGAGAAAAGGGGCCGAAACCUCCAAUGCCACCACAUAAACCAAGACGUUCAGUUCCAAACCAUGAAGUUAGAGCUAAACGUCAUGCCUCAGCAAUGGUGAAUAAUAAUGGAAAUUUACCGCCGGGACAAGUCCGACUUGUAAGAGGUGGCUAUUUUUAUUUAUCCAAAAAAUCCUUAUAGACAGAACUAUGGAUAUUCAGAGGUUAGGGGUACGGAUAAACUCGGACAUGCUUAAUGUGUACUCAAAAACUAACUAAAAUUAUUUCCAAUCUGAAUUCUGAGUAAAAUUUUAACUUUCUUUUUAAAUACUACAAGCAAUUUUAUAAAAAAAUAUUUCAGGAUAUUAUCCUGGAAAGAAAUGAUUUGAAAACUAAACGGCAGGAAUUUAAAUUUAAUUAUAAAAAUGUCAACAUAUAGAUGUGUUUAUUAAUAAAAUUUUUUAACUUAAUAUGUUAUUUAAAAAUUUAAAAGUCGUCUGACUUAAUAUCUUCGGCUCUGGUCUAGCUUAUGAGUCCAUUGAUUGCUAUGAAUGGUCCUAUAAGGUUUCGGAUACUGAGAAAUCCCGGUAUAUACGAUCAGAUUCGAAACUUUUGGAUAUCCGGAUCUAAUAUCCGAACAUAAAUUUUUGGGAUAUCUGGGAUAUCCGACGCUUCUAAUCCGACAAACCUGUGUAGAAUGAUGAUUUAUGAAUCCUCUCGAAUACAUUAAUAUGUGCCAAAACGAUACUUUUCUUACAGGAGAUAAGGCGGCCGUUGAUAUGAAAUAAUAUGCA